CAAAUCAGCGCGCUGAAUUCGAGCGACUUUCGGCUUUCUGACAGCACAGCGGACCGUCGAAAGUUUCUUGGUAACCAGAACUGUGGUUGAUGCAAGUUAUCAGAUUGACAACGUGAAUGGUUUUCACAGGGAUGGACGGUGACAGAAUGGAGGUGGGAAACCAGAAACAAAACAUCCAUGUGGAGGUACAUGUUAAAUCUCACAGCACAGCUAAACUGUCUGAAGUGAGGAUACAUAUUCUGGCUUUGCUGAAUCGCCACAGCAUGGUUUUUGGAAACUACAGAUGGACAGAGUUUGAUGAAGACUUCCUGCAGAAACAUGUGGAAUCUGUAGCUAUAGUUGAUCUUGAGGAACUGGUAACCCAGCCCCUUGAUUUAAAGAGCUGCUCUGUCUCCGUUCACAUCUUUACUUUAAAUGAGGAUGGACCCAGCACGCUCAGUUUGGAGGAGGAUGAGGAGCUUUCAGCAGCCAAUCACUGGUUGCUGCCAGCAGCUGAGUUCAAUGGGAUUUGGGAGAGUCUGGUAUAUGACAGUGGAGUCAAAACCCAGCUCCUGGAUUACGUCACAACAACAAUUUACUUCUCAGACAAAAAUGUCAACAGCAACCUGAUUUCCUGGAACCGUGUUGUGCUGCUUCAUGGACCCCCGGGCACAGGGAAAACGUCACUGUGCAAAGCUCUUGCUCAGAAGCUCUCAAUCAGGCUGUCAAGUCGGUAUUCUUAUGGGCAAUUUGUUGAGAUAAACAGCCACAGCUUGUUCUCAAAGUGGUUCUCAGAGAGCGGUAAGCUGGUCACGAAGAUGUUUCAAAAGAUCCAACAACUGAUUGAAGACAAAGAUGCUCUUGUGUUUGUCCUGAUCGAUGAGGUGGAGAGUCUGACAGCAGCUAGGAGUGCCUGCCAGGCAGGAACAGAGCCCUCUGACGCCAUCCGAGUAGUCAACUCCGUUCUCACUCAACUGGACCAGAUCAAACGACAUUCCAACGUUGUGAUCUUGACGACCUCCAACGUGACAGAAAAGAUAGACUUGGCGUUCGUGGACAGAGCUGACAUCAAGCAGUACAUCGGACCUCCAUCUGUGAAGGGCAUCUACAACAUCUACCUCUCCUGCCUGGAGGAGCUGAUGAAGUGCCAGAUCAUCUAUCCCCGGCAGCAGCUAUUUACCAUGUUUGAGCUCGAGACGAUGGGCUUUGCAAAGAGUGAGGUGUCUGAACACAGUCUGAACUUGAGGAACAUCGCUCUAAAAAGCAAAGGGUUGAGUGGAAGAGCACUCAGAAAGUUACCGUUUCUAUCCCAUGCACUGUUUUUAAAGACACCGACAGUGACUCUUGAGAGGUUUUUGGAGGCCAUGGACCAAGCAGUAGAUAAACAGACAGAGGAAAAAGCUAACCUGGUUCAGGGUGUCUGAACUUAUUACAAUGCCCAAAGGCUGACGUAUGAUUGUUCAUGAGCUCUCAAUCCCAUGCCUCAUAUCUUUUUAUGAAGCUUCAUCCAUUCAUUUGGCAGCAAUGUGUUAAAUAUAUUGGCAAGUAACAGUUUGGUUU